GAGAGAGAGAGAACAAAAGAGAGAGAAGAGAGAAAACAAGAGAGAGAGAGACAAGAGAGAGAACAGAAGAGAGAGAACAAGAGAGAGAGAGAGGAGAGAGAGAACAAAAGAGAGAAGAGAGAGAGAGAA